AUGCAGAGUGAGGAAUCUCACGAGCUUGCGGAUGGGAUGCCCAAUGAGGAGAGCAAGGAAAUGAUGAAGAGUCAAAAGGCGGAUAGAAAGAAGAAGAAGCUGAAAGAGAGAUUGCUAAAAGAAGCUACCAAAGCUGACAAUCGAGGAGUUUGCUACUUGAGCCGCAUCCCACCACACAUGGAUCACGUUAGACUUCGCCAGAUUCUCUCUCAGUUUGGAGAAAUCGGAAGGAUUUAUCUUGCACCUGAAGAUCCUGAGGCACAAGUGCACCGCAAGCGUGCUGGUGGAUUCCGUGGCCAACUGUUUUCUGAAGGUUGGGUGGAGUUUGCUAAGAAACGCGUAGCUAAAAGGGUCGCAGAGAUGCUAAAUGGAGAACAAAUCGGGGGGAAAAAGAAGUCAACAAUAUACUAUGAUAUUUGGAACAUCAAAUACUUGACCAAAUUCAAAUGGGAUGAUCUCACUGAUGAAAUCGCAUACAAAAGUGCAAUACGGGAACAGAAAUUAACUAUGGUUCUUUCUGCUGCUAAGAGAGAGAAGGACUUUUAUCUAUCUAAAGUAGAGAAGUCUCGUGCCAUGACCGAGAUAGAUGCACGAAUGAAGAAGAAGCGAAAGAUUCAGGAAGAAUCAGGUAGCAAUGCGGAAGCAGCACCAGUGUACCCACCAAGGGUGAUUCGUCAGUUUAGACAGAAGAAAUCAAUUACAAAUGAGACAUCUCAAGGCAAACGUGGGCUCUCUACUGAUUUUCUAGCAUCGGUC